GCGAACGUCCCUCCCUCCCUUUUUGUCCUGCAGACGAAAUUUGUGCGGUUCUCUCUCCUUCUAGAUCCUUCCCCGAUCAUCCUACAACCACCAACAUGACUGCCGUAGCGGGCCAACCGAUCUUCGGAAGCGGUGAGGAUUGCAAGCCGGCCUGGACGGACGCUUCAGCCGACUACGAUGCGACGGACGAGCACUUGGAAAUCAUGGGGAAGCCGGUUAUGGAACGGUGGGAGACGCCAUACAUGCACAAACUGGCGCAGGUCGCUAGCUGCAAAGGUGGACGCGUUCUCGAGAUCGGAUUCGGCAUGGCGAUCGCUGGCAGCGAGAUUGAACGACAGAACAUCGAGGAACACUGGAUCAUCGAGUGUAACGACGGGGUUUUCGAGAGACUAGAAAAGUGGGCCAAGGAGCAGAAGCACAAGAUUGUUCCCCUGAAGGGCAUGUGGCAGGAUGUUGUGGGUACUUUGCCUGACGGACAUUUCGAUGGUAUUCUGUAUGACACCUACCCCCUGUCAGAAGCAGAGUGGCACACCCACCAGUUUGACUUCAUCGGGAAGCACGCCUGUCGCCUGCUGAAGCCCGGCGGAGUCCUGUCCUACUGUAACCUCACGUCAUGGGGAGACUUCCUCAAGGGCAAAUACGACAACAUCGAGACCAUGUUCAAGGAGACCCAGAUCUCGCAUCUUGAGGCGGCAGGCUUCAAGAAAGAGAACAUCUCGUGGGAGUGCAUCACUAACCAGCCACCCAAGGAGUGCAAGUACUACCAGUUCCCUCUCAUGCUUGCACCCAAGUGUAUAAAGGCCUAGAUUCAGUAAACACAACAACAAACGUACAAACAAACAUAUGUUGUCAGGUUCUGAGAUUUUCAUGCCAAUUGUAGCAUUGUUGGAAUUUUCUUUUGUUGCGUUUAUGGUGUAUGUUGUAAUAUUGUGCUUACACAAAUGAGAAAGUUUUUGUUCAUUUUUGGUGGCACUUUUUAGUUAUGCGUGAUUUUAAUUUUGGGUUUUUUAAUUUUGAGCCAUUUUUAUAAGUCUUUCAAAACAUGACCCAUUUCCGAAUACCAUUUUCUGGUAUGACAAUUUUUUAAAAUCAUGAUGUACGUUUUUGUGAACAUCAAAAGUUUGAAAACAAUAAUGUUUCAAAAGUGAGAACAUGGAGAAUGUAAAAUGUAGAUUGUGCAUUUUCUACUGGUUCAGUAACAAACGUUCUAGAGUAGGUAGUGUCUGGUUGUGUCAUUGUCUUCCUAGAAUGUUCUUUACCUCAAAGGCCACAGUGGGGUUGGUGGAAAAAGGAGUCCAGUCCGAUCAGUGGAAAAAGCAGUCCAGUCCAAUAUUGCGCCGAUCGGACUGGACUCUUUUUUUCACCAACCCGGCCACAGUGGAUGGAUACAAGAUGUGAUGUGAUGCCAAAAUGUUGAAUCGAGGCCACUUUUGUAACUGGAGAUUCUCUGCUGUUUGUGUCUUUCAAUAAAAGAAGUUGAAGCAGAGUA